GCUCAGACGMAGAUCAGCUGUUGGCUGCUCGCGCGGAGGGAGGAAGUGAUGCAGGAAAAUGUCCAUAAUGUAGUUCAGCGUCUCAAAAAGGGGGAAGCACAAAGAAAUAGGCAGGUUUAUUCCGUGAUUGCUUUUUUUUUAUUUCCACUAAGUUUACAUAGCAAAUAAAGCAGAGAAUGGACGAAAAUGUAAACUCUGACUGUUAGCUCUUGACUUGUUUAUUUGUGAAAUCGAGAACAACUUUACGGUGGAAGUUUUUUCUUUCUUUCUCUCGCUCAGCUCAGUGCUAGUUAGCUAACAAUCUGACGACGAGUUUGCUUCACUUCGUUUCUGCUCGGGUUUUUUUUUUUUUUUUUUUUUGGGCCAACUUAUUUUACUACUUUGUCUUGACUGGCGUGUCUGGAAGGAUGUACAAACCAAACGACACGAUACGGCCUUUUUCUAAAAAGCAUUGCUGAUGUCAAGGUCACGACGAUGGAGCAGAUCUGAGAGACGAUGCUGGCUGAAGGAGUGUCUGGUUUUUAAAUUGGCCAACUGAAGACUUGGUUUUUGGUGGAUCUGGCAAAGACCUGAGGGUAUGUUGAGGCGUCUAGUCUGGCCAGAGCAGAGGCGUCUAGGUGGUUCAGACGGGGACUGAAGGUGAGGCGGAAAGACGGGCGAGGACCAGGCAGGAAGACAUGGGCCAGUGUGUCACCAAGUGCAAGAAUCCGACGUCCUCCCUCGGCAGCAAGAGUGGAGACAAAGAGAGCAGUUCUAAGUCCCACAAACGAGUCGAAAGCGCUAGUGGAGGGGGCCACAAAGAAGAUUCUAGUGCCCUGUCUAGCAAAUCCACCAGUGAGCUGUUGAAUGGCACCAAGGCCUUGGAGRCUACAGUGGAGACGCCAAUCAUCUCCACAGUGAUGAAGGAGCCGUACAAGGAUGAAGGCCUGGAUGGAGAUGGGCUGUCACUGCGGCGGAUUGAGGAGCUGUUCGUCUGUUACAAGGAUGAACAGGAAGACGCCAUCUUGGAGGAAGGCAUGGAGAAGUUCUGUAACGAUCUGUGUGUGGACCCAGCAGAGUUUCGCGUCCUUGUUCUUGCCUGGAAGUUUCAAGCAGCCACCAUGUGCAAGUUUACAAGGAAGGAGUUUGUUGAGGGCUGUAAGGCCAUCAGAGCGGACAGUAUUGAGGGCAUCUGUUCACGCUUCCCCUACUUGCUCCUGGAGGCCCAGGUAGAAGAAAACUUCAAGGACCUUUAUCGUUUCACCUUCCAAUUUGGCUUGGAYGCAGAAGAAGGCCAGCGGUCGCUGCAGCGUGAAAUCGCCAUCGCUCUGUGGCGGCUGGUUUUCACACAGGACAUGCCAGAGAUCCUGGAGCGCUGGCUGGACUUUCUCGCCGAGAACCCCUCAGGCAUCCGGGGCAUCUCAAGGGACACGUGGAACAUGUUCCUCAACUUCACCCAGGCGAUCGGGCCUGACCUAAGCAACUACAGCGAGGACGAGGCCUGGCCCAGCCUCUUUGACACGUUCGUAGAAUGGGAGCUGGAGCGCAGGAGAAAAGAGGAGGAACGGGCACUGAUGGAGGAGGAAGAGAGGUGUACUGAGACAGAGUGUUCAACUACAGACAGGCUUGAAACUGAGGGAAGCCGUGGCUCACAGACUGAGAGCAAGACGUUCCAGGGAGACMAGCCUGCUCCUGCUGCCGAUGACGCUCUGGAUGAAUAUUUAAUUGACCUCCAGCAAAAAAACAGAAUUUUAAAGCGCCUCAGAGUUAAAGACCCAAAGGAGAUUGAACUGGAACGGCUGGAGCAAGGAUUUUCCAUUUAUCUUAACGGAGCAAAUGCUGAAUGCAGUAAAAAGCACCUCAAGAGCUCUGAUAACAAGUCCGACAUCUCUCUGCCGGCUAGGAGGUCUGCACGUACAGCCGAUAUCUGUAGAAGCGCCCACCAGCUAGCUGAAGAUAGUCGUCAUCUGGAUCAGUCCAACAGGAAAAGAAGCCAAACAGCCCCAGAAAAGGUCAGGAGGAAGGAAUGGGUACAGGAUUCUGUAAAAAUUAGAACAGAGGAUGGCCUGUGUUUGGAAAUAUCCCCAGAAACGCACUACUCUGAAGAUUUUGAGCCUUAUGAAAGUGUAGACAUGGAGAGAGCGCCACGAAGUCCGCGCCGUCAGAAAGACGCCUGCAAAGUUUCGCCUUCCUUCAGCUCCAGGUCGGAGAGUCAGGGAGGCCAAGCAAACCAGGAGCACAGUGAGAAGUUGCUGCUGAACCUCGAGGACGUGAAGGUUUUACGUCAGAGCCUGGAGGUCAGCAUGCGACGGAGCAGCAGCGGCUCGGCGGGGGAAGAGUUGGACGAAGAGUGGAUAGAGGAGCAGAUUGAGAGGGAGGAGAGCACCGAGAGUCUGGACGAACUGGGGCUGCCUCUCUCGUCCUCCAAGUCCUCCGCUAAUUCUCGGACAGGUGGGAGUCAUGGCCAUUUUGACUCAGGAAACCUGAUUGUCCUGGACUUUGGCCCCUCAACUAAAGGUCGUAAAAUYGAACGUUCUCUGUCUGCAAAAAGGAAAGAAAGCAUUGAUCCCUUUAUACCAACUAAACCUGUAUUGGUGAAGAGCAAAACGUUAGAUAGGCCAUCUUCAAAAGACAGUUGGGAUGAUCAAAGGCCAAGGAGUCGAGUGGAGAGGCCCCUUUCAUCAGCYAGAAAAGCUUCGGCUGAAGAGCGAGACCCAGAAGAGGUUGCAUGCAGCGUGCGUCAAGCCAUACAGAGAGAAAACACUCCUGUACAGAGAGAUGAGMUCUUCAGCCAUGACCAGGCCCGGGGAARUCACAUGAUGAAUGCCUUAAAGCAUCACAGCACACAUGACCAAGAUGAGAACAAUGUUGCUCUGGCCAUGCAGAGAAUAACACUCAUGGGUCCUAGGCAACAACAGAAACUGCUGAAAGCCCUGGAGAARCUAGAAUCUGGACCCGGACGCAGCGUCCCUCAGAGUGCCCAAACAGACCACAACAAGCAGCCCAGAGUGCUGUCAUCAGCAGAGGUCACCCCCGCCUUGUAUGUCACCAUGGAGAUCCUGUCAAACUGGGGGAACGCUCUGCAGGUCGGGCUGACAGAAGUGCAGUUCUUCUGUCACAGAAACAAGAAGUUGUACGUCUCGCCUCAUGACCUGGACAUCAGGAAUGCCGACUGCCCGGGGAAUCUGGGUGCGCUGGUCAACGGAAAGGUGAAGACCACGAAAGAGCGUCACAUGUGGACGUGCCCCUUCCACCCUCCCAUCCAGCUCUACUUCAUCAUCAGGAACACAGAACACGCUCCAGAGUUUGGAGUAUCUUAUAUUAAAAUCUGGAACUACAACCGGAGCCUGACCGACCUUGACAUAGGCGCUCGCCAUAUAAAGCUGUACCUGAACAGCACACUUGUGUUUGAAAGUGAUUUGGAAAAGGGCUGCGGCAACCAGGUUUUUGACUACAGCACCACGAUCAAUCUGAAGGAUUUCCAGGCGCCGGACCCCUCGUUCUCCAGCCCCGUGGCUUCAGGGCACAGUCUGCGUGGUGCGAGUCCACAUCACUAUGAGGACAGGAGGAGUAGUGAGGGCGGCAGCUGUCAGCGACACCAAAGCUCAGUAGGUUUACCGGACCCAGCAGGCCAGACUAUGAUGGACAUGCAGGAGAAAGCUCAUACACCGCUGCCACCCAUCACUGCCUCUCGUCGCCCCGCCUCACAAAGAAGCUCUUUUGACUUGUCUGCGUGUGAAGAACCCCUCUCCCCCAGGCAGCAGGCGCAGCAGACUGUGACCACCCAGCCUUCGUCCUCUCGGGCUGCGCCCCAGUGGCUUCAGCCCCUGAACAGAGCUGCUCCAGAGGGCUGCGAGGCAAACCGAGAGAAGCCCCGCUGGCUGGUACCUCAGCACUCUUUAGAAACSAAACCGCAUCCCGUCUCGUCCUCCUCCAUACUCCCAGAGCUGCCCUGUAACCCAGGCCGGGUGUGCAGAGGGAUCGACAGGACAGUGAACGGGGGGCAGUGGAAGGAGGAGUCUUUGGACCUGAGCUGUGACCUGCUUGAGGAACUGGGGGAGCAGAAGCCUGACAGGCCYGUCAGCGGACGCAGGAGCUCGUUCAGAAACUCCUCAGCCACGGUUAGGCAGACAGAGGAACAACAGCACAGAGCCACAGCUCUGACAAACCCUGAGGAGCCGAUGUGUUUGGUGAGCACGAGCAGGCGGCAGAGCAGCUCUCGGGGUCAGGAUGACACGCUCAGGGAGUCCUGGGACUCGCUCAUAAAGUUCAACCAAUGCCAACGUGGACGCAUCUCCAACAUGGAGUUUGAAGGGGACAUUUUCGAUGAGUUUCUUCAGCGUCAGGGACGUGGUCACCCCACACUCCCAAUAAAUCCUCCUACAGCACCCAGAAGCCCACUGUCCUCCCUAAAUGCUCAGGGGCUCCUGAACGAAGGCCCCGAUGAUGAUCCCUUCAUGGAGCGGGAGGAGGAGUUUGAGAUCCCGGUUCUGCCACAAGGCCAAAAGCUGGUAAUUAAAAUCCUGUCCACAUGGGGGGAUCGGCAUUAUGUGGGUCUCAAUGGCCUGGAGGUGUUCAGCUCCAGUGGAGAGCCUCUUCGACCCGACCACAUCCGCGCAGACCCCCCGGAUAUAAACAUUCUCCCAGCUUAUGGUAAAGAUCCACGUGUGGUCACCAACUUACUUGACGGUGUUAAUCGCACUCAGGACGACAUGCAUCUUUGGCUGGCACCUUUUACACCCGGCCGUAGCCACACCAUCUUCCUGGACUUUGGAGCUUCUUACCAAGUUGCAAUGAUCCGAGUUUGGAACUACAACAAGUCCCGCAUCCACUCAUUCCGCGGUGCGAAAGAGGUGGAGAUGCUGCUGGAUGGGAGGUGCAUCUUCAGGGGAGAAAUUGCCAAAGCCUCUGGAACUCUUACUCACGGGUUGGACCAAUUUGGCGACACAAUCCUUUUCACCACUGAYGAUGAGAUUCUAGAGGCCAUGUCUCGUUUUGAUGAAACCUUCCUCAGUGAAGCUGAGAGUCCUGAGAGCUUGGUGUAUGAGGAGGAGCUGCAGAGGCCACGCACYGCUGAUGGAGAGGGAGAAGAAAGACCUUUUACACAGGCUGGUUUUAGAGAGGAAGACCUCACUUUGAAACUUCAACUUAAUCCCACUGUGAAUCAGAGUGAGGAGAGCUCAGAACAUGUUCCUGGGAUGUUCACUGGAACAUGCCUUCGACUGGAGCUGAUGGCGACGUGGGGCGACUCCCACUAUUUGGGCCUGACGGGACUGGAGGUGGUGGGGAAGGACGGUGAGAGCUUACCUUUAGAUCUCAGUAUGAUUUCUGCCUCACCGAGGGACCUAAACGACCUGCCAGAGUACAGACACGACUUGCGCACGCUCGAUAAGCUUAUCGACGGCCACAACAUCACCACCGAGGACCACCACAUGUGGCUGAUUCCUUUCUCCUAUGGAGAACUCCACAUCUUGAACAUCACCUUCAGCAGGAUCCAGACCAUCGCCGGUCUCCGUGUCUGGAACUACAACAAGUCACCUGAGGACUCGUACAGAGGGGUGAAAGUCAUCCAUUUGUACAUAGACGAUGUUACCAUCUCUCCAGCCGAGGGGUUCCUGAUCCGGAAAGGUCCAGGACAUUGUCACUUUGACUUUGCCCAAGAAAUCCUCUUUGUUGACUUCCUUCGAGCACCKAUCACUAACAAGAGGAAUGAAGACUCCCAAAAAGUUAGCUCUAAGAAACAGGAACAGGCCAGCACGGACUAUGAAGCUCCCAUCAUGCCUUGCGGCUUCAUCUUUCAGCUGCAGCUCUUAACUACCUGGGGGGACCCAUACUACAUUGGACUGAAUGGCCUGGAGUUUUAUGACCAGAGCCAUGAGAAGAUCAGUCUCUCUGACAACAACAUCGCAGCUUUCCCAGACAGUGUCAAUGUCCUGGACAAUGUAAGCGGCGAUGUAAGGACUCCAGAUAAAUUAAUAGAUGGAGUCAGUGACACCCACGAUGGCAGACACACGUGGUUAGCCCCAGUUCUGCCUGGAAUGGUCAAUCGUGUUUAUGUCAUCUUUGAUCAGCCGGUGACGGUGUCUAUGAUCAAACUCUGGAACUACUCAAAGACGCCUCAGAGAGGAGUGAAAGAGUUUGGGCUGCUAGUGGACGACCUCCUGGUGUAUAACGGCAUCUUGGACAUCGUUAACCACACAGCAAGAGGCAUUCUGCCUACUUGUGACCCGGUGGUGCCUUACCACACCAUCCUGUUCACAGAUGAUUUCUACAUUGCACAUCGUGAAAGGAACACUGUCAUCAGUAAUCACGUGGAGGACCAAGACGUGAUGAUGACUAACGAGAAUCAGAUUGUUCAUCACAACAAGAAGAAGCAGACAGCAGAUCCAGCUCUUCGGCCUAAAACGUGCAUGACUGACGGCGGAAAAUAUGGAAAGAGGAGAUACUAAGAGACACAGACAAAUCACACAGAGAACUGAACGUGACUACGCUCCACCAUUGGUAGGCAAACCUUCCAUUAAAUCUUCAAUCAACUACAGAAGAGGACGUUUCAAUCAGUGUGCACACACAGUGAGUUCCACUUCAUGUYUGGAUUCCCUCUGUCGUUGGCUGUGAAAACACCCACCCACACACGCAUGACAGAGAACACACACUGUACAACACGUUAUCCCUCCCACAGUGCCAGAAAAAAAUCUGAGGCUGCUUUUUCUCAGCUGAGUUACUGUGCCUAUUACUGAACACUUCACCUUGUGGCUGCUACGUGUGACUUGUGCUGCAUAUCCUACUGCUACUUGUAUGUAACCCYCUGCAGUACAUAACUAAAACACUUCAGUGACUUAUCUCCUGAUGAGCCAAAUGAUCAUAACCUGAAUAUGAAAACACCAAUCCAUCAACUUGUUGCAAAGCUAUGCAGCCAAUUUAUAACUAUUAUAAAUGAAUUAGCUAAGAUAUUCUGCAGCAGGUUUUACCUGGAAGUGCUUUCUGAACAAUUUUUACCUUUUUGUAGGAUAUUCAUUGGCGCUUACAUAAUAUUAAAAAAAAGGUUCAAAAAUCAGUGUAUUUCACCUUUAAUUAAAGAACUGGAGUUAUGCAAAGGUUUUAAUGCAUAUGAACACAUCCAGAUGGUUUAGGUGUGUUUAGCAUUGGUAAUAAAAGCUUGUUUGCAAUCCAAGUGACCUUUAUCAAAAGCUGCAAUGUGCUUAAUUAAGGUAGGCUUAUGGAGGCAAAGCUUUUUUUUAUUGUAGAUAAAAGCCAACGUCUAAUAUGCAACUAUUACUAUUAUACCUCAAAUUAAAUAGGUUUAAUAAAGGACACAUCCCAUUUUACCUUCAUCUGUGGUGUGCUGUCUUUAAAUAUUUACUGUAUUGCUGCAUGGAGGGGUCUGAACGUUAGCUUUUAAUGAUCUAAAACAUUUCACUUGUUCAGUCUCAUUAAGCCCUGCUGUAAAUAAUUUCACACUCCUUACGUGGAGUGGUUUAAGAAAUGCAGUUUUAUGUAUUUAGUUUCAAAAUAACCCACACUAACAAAUAAUCACCAAGUCUGCUCCUUUUAAUGGUGACUGUUGUAUGUUUGACUUUUUUUACAUUUAUUUUUCUAAUCUAUGUGUAUAAUUGAUGUAGGUUUAUUUAAAUAAAAUGUCAACAUGAACUUUGUGGAAAAAAUGUU